UCUCCCCCCCCCUACCUUUCCUCACCCGGCACACAUCGCCCUUCCAAAGACCUUCCUGAGGAGGAGCGGCCAUUACCCGCCACCGCGCUGUGCGCUCCGGAUGAAUCCUCCGGUGGAAUGACCCUUUCUUGAAUGAUUCCCAAGUUUUCUUUGGAACCCUGCCUUUGGUGAAUAGGUUUCCUACAAUUGAAGCGACUCUGUGACUGUAUGCUUUACAGAUUUGGGGUUCCCUAGGAUUUUUAAACUCCUGAAGCUCUCCUAUAUAAAAUCAACAGACUUUCCAAUCAUCGUUCUGUCACAGAGGCAACGAGAUGAGCUAAAUCGAGCAAUAGCAGAUUAUCUUCGUUCCAAUGGCUACGAAGAAGCUUACUCUGUUUUUAGAAAGGAAGCAGAGUUGGAUAUGAAUGAAGAAAUUAAUAAAAAGUAUGCUGGCCUACUGGAAAAGAAAUGGACAUCAGUUAUCAGAUUACAGAAGAAGGGUAUGGAAUUAGAAUCAAAACUGAAUGAAGCAAAAGAAGAGUUUACUUCUGGGGGACCUAUAGGACAGAAGAGGGACCCCAAAGAAUGGAUACCAUGUCCUCCCGAAAAAUAUGUACUUCGUGGUCACAGGAGUCCGGUCACUCGUGUAAUUUUCCAUCCAGUCUUUAGUGUUAUGGUGACUGCUUCAGAGGAUGCAAAGGGACACACAGACUCUGUGCAGGAUAUCUCAUUUGAUCACUCUGGCAAGAUGCUGGCUUCCUGCUCAGCUGACAUGACCAUAAAGCUAUGGGAUUUUCAAGGAUUUGAGUGCAUUAGGACCAUGCAUGGUCAUGAUCACAAUGUUUCUUCAGUAGCUAUAAUGCCUAAUGGAGAUCAUAUAGUGUCAGCCUCAAGGGAUAAAACCAUUAAGAUGUGGGAGGUUCAUACUGGGUAUUGUGUGGACGUUCACAGGGCACAGAGAAUAGGUGUGAAUGGUGAGGCCAAAUCAAGAUGGUACCCUAAUCGCAAGUUGUUCUAAUGAUCAGACAGUCUGUGUUAGGGUGGUAGCAACAAAAGAAUGCAAAGCAGAGCUUAGAGAACAUGAGCAUGUUGUAGAGUGUAUUUCCUUGGCCCCCGAAAGCUCUUAUACUACUAUAUUGCAUGCAACAGGAUCAGCGACUAAGAGUGGUAAGCCUGGACCAUUUUUGCUCUCCGGUUCCAGAGAUAAGACUAUUAAGAUGUGGGAUAUCAGUACUGGCAUGUGCCUAAUGACACUUGUUGGCCAUGAUAACUGGGUACGUGGCAUCCUGUUUCAUCCAGGUGGGAAGUUUAUAUUGAGCUGUGCUGAUGAUAAAACCCUACGUAUUUGGGACUAUAAGAACAAGCGCUGCAUGAAAACCUUGAAUGUGCAUGAACACUUUGUUACCUCUUUGGAUUUC